GAGAAGGGAGGGGGGGUGGCCGACGCAAAGCACUCCGCGGAGUGCGGCACGCAGGUGGAGUACAUCGAGCUGGAGCCCAGUGUCGCCGACGGCAAGCUUGAGCAUAAGUCCUUCUGGCAGGAGGUGCUGGGUGAGAAGAUGUUGGAAAUGGAAGCAGCAGAGGUGGAGUACACGCAGUCCGUGGAGGCAAAUUCCGUGGAGUUCUGGAUGCCGCGCGGCCUGAAGGACGAGGAGCUGCAAGCCGUGGCAGAGGAGUUGAAGCUGGCACACAACGACUCCAAGAAUCGGGUCGAGGAGGUGGAGACCGAGACACGCGAUCUCGCCAACAGGAUAGACGAGCAGCGCAGGCAGAUCGCGGAGCUCGAGAUGGCCCUGAACAAGCAAUACGGGAUCGCCUCGCUCGCGGGGGUUCCUGCCUUCCUUGUCCUGGCCUUUGGCCUGGGAGUCUCGCUGCAGGACCAUGAGAUCGUCGACGGGGGGUGCCGGCCGUGCAACGUCAAGCAGCAGCAGCGCUACGAAAGCCAGGGCAGGAAGCUGAUCGCAGCCGAUGCAGAGGUGGGCAACAGGGGCAGCCAGCGGAGUUCCGCGGACUUGGACACCCUGGGCGGCCUUGGCAACCAUCACAGAAUCGCGGAGAACCAGCGCAGUUCCCAGCACGCCUACGCGACGGGAGAGAGCAACGGCGACGUGCUGACGGACGUGCAAGACCAAGGAACGAGGGUGGUGCCAGACGCCUACUAUCACGACGGUUUCGUGUGUUUCGUGUGCCUCUCCGAGCUCAUUUGCGGCGACAGCGACAGCGUGUUGGGCCAGAGUGCCCAAGAUGAGGGCUACCCAUUUGACGACUGCCAAGUCGGCGCGGACGCUGUGCGGCUCUUGCAGUGCGCCGAGGAGGGCGCGCAGCGGUGGUCAGUCGACGUCGACAUGUGCUUGGGAACCACGACGCAGUUCCCGUGCUACCGAGAGCCGUGGCCGAGCAACAGUAAGCCUUGGCAGGGUGAGCCGCUGGCGCUG